UAUGAAAUAAAACAAAUGUUAUUUUCUACCUCGCAAACAUUUACAGAUUAAAAAAGUAUAUCGUGUGUACCACAAUAUCGAUAUUGUGGUAAAACAUGAUGUUAAAAUGGUUGUUAUUUGCAUUAUUACUUACUUUUUCCAUUACAAAUGGAAAAAUAUCGUAUAAUACGUUACGAACGCAAAUGUUAAGCAGAGCAACCGUCCAUGUACCAAAAGUUAUCAACAAAAUAUGUCUCCUGAUACCGGACGAAGGGCCUUGUCGCGCCGACAUUUCGAUGUACUACUUCCAACCGGAGACAAUGAACUGCAGUACUUUCCGCUGGGGAGGCUGCCAGGGCAAUGGCAACCGGUUUGACACCCUCAGUGAAUGCUUGACAACCUGCAGAAGCCAGUCCGGGCAAUUGCCGGGCCGCCCAACAUACUGUAGCCUGAGCUUUGACUACGGGUUCUGUUUUGGUGAAGACAAGAGAUGGUAUUACGAUGAAAAAUGGCACGUCUGUAGAGAAACUAUUUACUCCGGCUGUGGUGGAAACAAGAACAACUUCUACAGUCAAGAAGGAUGCGAAUCAAUCUGCCGGUUUGGUCUUGGUCCACCAUCACAAGGAGAAACAAGUAAUGGAACACUGAAGAAGGUAUUGAUUAUAAAUUCGCCCGAUCAAUCCACUUCACGGAGCCAAAAACAACAGGACUAAGUACUUAAUAUUCGCUUUUUACUUGCAUCGCGAAACCUUUAGAGUAUGUAGGUAUUCUUAAUUAUCCCUCAGAAUGCCGAUAGGUUUUUAUUUAAAUUUGUAAAUUCAUCAUUUACUGCCCAACGAUAAAAGAUCACGUGAUGGUGUUACGACGGUAAAAUUCCUAAAUGCCGCCAUAAUACACUAAAGAGCAAUAACACAGUCAUGUCAAGUUUAAUAUAUUUUUCCCACAAAGUCACUCAUCUGAUUUGCUCUUAUGUGUACUAAAUACAUACGAGUUAUAUUUAAAGAUAAUUAUAAAAACAGAAUUUUAUUCAAAUGGUGAAGAAAUCUAUUUAAAAUAAAAGAAUGAAUAACAAAAACAACGUUGUGUUUUAAUAAAUAAAAACUCCAAGUACAAUUUAAUUUGUUUCAAUUAUCUCUUAUACUUUAUACCGGGUGUGGCCUGUAACACGAGCAAAUAAUUAAAACAAGAUUGUACUCCUCAAACGGUGACACUUUUGUUCACUUUAAAAAAUUAUGAAGUAU